AGGCUACUGCUCCGUCUCCCUCCUUCCUCGUCUGUCUGUCGCAUUUCGGCCGGAGGAGCCUCGGGGUCGAAGGUUCUGCCCUGCUCGCCUCGACCUCCACCUCUGCACGGCACCCAAAUCUCCGAUUAUCCGAUUACGGACGCCUCGGACACUUUAGCGGACGAGCCUCGCGCGUUUGGAACUGACGGGAAAAAAGGUGUGGAUUUUGGGCGGCGGGCGUUGAGUGAUGCCCGCUGCGCGGCGCGUUGAUCCUGUUGCCCCCCGCUGACCUGCCCAUGACCCCAGGAAGCGGCGUUAUGGCGCGCCGAGGCUCCUCCCACUCGAAGGUGACCAUCACGGUAGACGAGUACAGCUCGAACCCCACACAGGCCUUCACACACUACAACAUCAACCAGAGCCGCUUCCAGCCUCCUCACGUGCACAUGGUGGAACCCAUUCCGUACGAUGCCCCUAAACCAGCAGGUCACACGCGUUUCGUGUGCGUCUCAGACACGCACUCGAGGACAGAUGGCAUCCAGAUGCCAUACGGCGACGUGCUGCUCCACACGGGUGACUUCACUGAACUCGGCCUCCCCUCUGAGGUGAAGAAAUUUAACGACUGGUUAGGAAGUCUGCCCUACGAGUACAAAGUGGUGAUCGCUGGGAACCACGAGCUGACGUUCGACAAGGACUUCAUGGCCGAUCUGGUCAAGCAGGACUACUACCGCUUCCCCUCUGUGUCCAAGCUGCGGCCCGAGGACUUUGAUAACGUUCAGUCUCUGCUCACGAACUGCAUCUACCUGCAGGAUUCCGAGGUCACGAUCAAAGGCUUCAGGAUAUACGGGACCCCGUGGACGCCUUGGUUUAAUGGAUGGGGUUUUAACUUGCCUCGCGGUCAGUCUCUGCUGGACAAGUGGAACCAGAUCCCUGAGGACAUCGACAUCCUCAUGACUCACGGGCCUCCUUUGGGGUUCAGAGACUGGGUGCCUAAGGAGCUCCAGAGAGUGGGCUGUGUGGAGUUACUCAACACGGUACAGAGACGGGUCCGGCCCAAACUCCACGUCUACGGCGGGAUCCAUGAAGGUUAUGGCCUAAUGACAGACGGAUAUACAACAUUCAUCAACUCGUCUACGUGUACAGUCAGUUUCCAGCCCACCAAUCCACCCAUCGUAUUCGACCUUCCCAACCCCGGAAGCUCGUGAAAUUCCCCCUAAUUCCCCUCCCCCCUUUUUUUUCUACUCCCCAACUCUUCUUAUCUUUAAAGUAAUGGUCUUUUGUACUUUGCUUGUAUUUAAACAAAACAAAAAAAGAUGAAUGCAUGGAUAUGUAAUAUUUUUUAAAAAAGUAAGAUCAUACCAUUUAAAUAAUGAUUUGCUGGAGGAAAAAAAAAGGAAGAAAAAUGGUGACUUCAUAUUUAUGGUUCAUUUGUAUUGGUUGCCUUGUUAAAUUUGUUUCUGUAUCUAAAGUGCAUUAUAAGGUACCAUUAGAGACUCAGCAAUACAUGUUUUCACAGCAGGAGUGUAUUAAAGAACAAACAUUUCAGUCUGCUGAGAUGAGACAUUGAUUUGAGGAUUUAAGUUACCCAUCGUUCCCACGAUGCUUUGCGGUUCUAUUUAUUGGUUCAAUCAAAAUCGUUUCAUCAAACUAUUCUCCAAGCCAAGAUAUUUCAUUUCGACUGUAAUAUUCAGGAGAAAAAAAAAUGGUUGAGGUUUCACAAGGUACUUUUCUUUCAUUCCUGCCAUGUUCCGUUUGUUACGAAGUUGCCUAGGUAGGCAUCAUUUUUAAGCCACCUAAAAUCUAGGAAGGUUCACAAAAUGUCAAAACUGUUAUCCUGACAGAUGGAUAAAAGAAAAUACAUUAUUGUGAAAAUCUGUCAAACCAUCAUAAAAGUUUCAAUAAUUGCUGUAAUUAUUAAAGUAUGUUUAAAAAAAAAAAAAAAAAAAAAAAAAUUAAUAAUAAUAAUAAUGUCACCGGUUCAGGAUUGUGCUGUUUGAAUUUUGAUAGCGCUUUUUGUAUUUUAGUUCUUGCCUCGCUUGUGAUUUCUUUAAGCUGAGACUUUAACUUCAGAGGCUCUGUUCUACAAAAUCAAUAAAAUGUACAUAUUUUUUUUUAAUCAAGCCAAAUUUAAAUGUUGCUUCAACAAGGAGCUGGGAAAAAAAUCUUUGCAGCUGCUUUGAGCCCAUGGUUAUUAUUAUGCUUAUGGUUUACUUUCUCAUCUCCACCUGGUGGAUCGUGUUGUGUUUGUUGUAUGUCGCGCAGACAGGACAAAAAAAAUCUAUAUAUUGCCAUGAUGUCAUUGGUGCCAUUUGUAAAUGCCUUGUUUCUAUGUUCAUGAGACUUUUUCUUAAUUCAUCGUGUCAUUUAGCUGACUUUAUAUGCAAAUAAAAACUGCAAGAUUUUUA